AUGGUGACCCUACAGGCAGUGCUGACGUUGUUACCACUACAGUCUUGGUUUGCAGUGAUAGACCUGAAAGACAUCUAUUUUCGUAUCUCAAUUUUUGAGGAACACAAGAAGUUCCUACGAUUUACCUACAGGGAACUAAUCUUUCAAUACAGGGUUCUCCUCUUUGGAUUAUCUACAGCUCCACGAGUUUUUACUAAGUGCGUGGCGGUGGUGAUAGCCUUCCUGAGGAUACAGGGUUGUUGCAUUUUUCCAUACUUAGAUGACUGGUUGCUUGUUGUUCAGUCACCUACUGAUAUGUCUAGACAGGUUUCCAUAAUUUUAUCCACCUGUUUGAAAUUGGGUCUGUUCGUCAAUAAAAAAAAUUCUAAAUUUGACGCCUCUAGGGUUGUACAGUUCAUUGGAACUGUGAUCGAUGGAGUACAGGAUGUGGUGUUUUUGCCUUCAGAGAGAGCCCUAAAGAUAAAGGCGCUGAAAAGAAGGUUCAAAAGGAAGACAGCUUUGCAAGUUGAAAUGCCAGCAUGUGACUCUGGAAAUAAUGACAAGUUAAAUCCAUUAAGUGUGGAAUUACCAAAUGGCAAUUUUAUUGAAGUAACGUCAGAAGGAAAAAGUAUUGGUUUUGUUUGCCGUGUCAGUUUCUGUUCCAAAAAGCCAUUGUCUUGCAUGAAAUACAUCUACUUUGUUGAUGAUCAAAAUAACAGAUUUCCGCUUCAGGUUGCUGCAACAGCAGAGAACUGCCUCCUUACUGUGUAUCCAUACUUGGCAUGCCACCUUAAAGACCAACAAAUUAUCCUAAACAGUGAUUCUAAUGAGAUAAUUUACAGCAAUGGAGAAAGUCUGCAACACCCAUGCUAUAUUCCAGGAACUUCUUCUCAAACAAAUUCUACCAGUAACUUUGGCUCAGUUACCAACUCUGCCUAUGAAAAUUCCAUAGCAGAAUUUGAAAAGGAAGUUGAAAAUGAAAGCUUGAAGCAGAACGAAGCUAUUUGCCCAGAUGGAACAAAUCUAAGUAAUCUCAAACAUUCCCUUUUUCCUACUGGUGGCACAGAAGCACAUGCUUUUGUACAGAAAGUUAUCACAGCAGUCCAGAACUGGUUUACUCUUUUUGGUUGGUCUAAAGGACCAAAUCCCAUUUCUAUUCCACAUACUCUAAGACGUGAUGUCUGUAAAAUUCAAAUGACUUCAUGUGAUGAAAAGGUUAAGCAAAAUCUUGGAAAAGAUAUCAAGACCAUUUAUGACAUGCUUCUCCAUCUCAGUGGGCAGUUGCUCCCUGGAAUUUCUUCAAGCCAGUCUUUGCCAUUUGAUCCCACUCAGCGUGUGGUACAGCUCCACUGGCAACAUUCUACAAUGAUCACUUUUCUCAAGUGCCAGGGAGCCUCCCUUCCUCAUGUGUUGCCCCAGUUUCUUCUUGACUUUGAUGAUUAUAAGAGAUGGACAAAUCUACAGUCUAUAUUAAAGGUUAUGAAAUCUGAACCUGAGGACAUUUAUAUUUUGGAUGACCACAUAUUCGAGGCUAUCAGCAAACGAUCAUGGACAGAUGUGUUGCUCCAGAUAUACAAGAUUUUGGUUCUUCAGCGUGUUGCCGCCGUUGAAGUUAACACUUUGAGCAGUCCAGAAGAUGAAGAACGCAUGCCAAAAAUAAGUACUGAUCCUUUGUCUAGUAAUAUAUAUUCUCCACCUGAAAGAAUUCUUCUUACUUGGAUGAACACACAUUAUGAGAAGACACGAAAAAUUGUGUGGAAAGACUGCCAAAAAGGUGAUAUACCACCUACAAGAUGGAUAGUAAACUUUGACAGAGAUCUCCUAGAUGGCCUAGUUCUGGCAGCACAAGUAGCAAGCUAUUGUCCUUAUCUGAUUUCAACACACUUUCUGAAUAUGUACACUUACCCAGAUACUUCAGAACAGUAUCUUCACAAUUGCUUGGUUCUUAUAAAUGCUUUUCAUGCGAUAAAUCUUGACAUAGAUGUGCUGGCUUCUGAUAUCUGUGAUCCAAAUCCAAUCACGAUGCUUAUGCUUUGUGUCUAUCUGUAUGAGCGGCUACCUCAGUAUUUACCCAAGAAAUAUAUAGAGUUUGCUGGUCCACUGCAUGCUGCUGUUGUAAGGAAGAUACGUUUGAAAAACCCAAGUAUCAAGCCUUUGGUAUACAAUGCGACCAUCUUAGGAAGAGAUGCUGCUGAUUUUUUAUUGCCUAAAGGAAAUACUGUGACCAUUCCCCCAAAGACCUUAUGCAGUGCCUGCAACUCCUCCACAAAGUUGUUGAUGGCUGGUACUGGUGCAGUGGGCAUGACCGGCGGGAAAAACCGGGGAUGGUACCCAUAA